AUCAGAAGGGCGAAGAACAAAGUUGUCCACUGGGGAUUCAUUCAUCAACAAGUGACAAACGAAAUUGGGAUGCACGUUAUCAAAUUAUUUAUAUUUUUGGAUUAAAUCUAAAUUUGUCUUAAUGUUCCCUGCAACAAUAUUGAUCGUUUCUUUUUUUAUAGUUUAUUCAAGUAAAUAUUCUUUCGAACAAUUCACAGAGUUUUUGUCAAACCAAGGGGGGCUGGCGAAUGUCUUUAGUUUUUUUAUCAAUAGUAGGCACAAAUUAUGGGGGGGUUUUGAGAGCUCUAUAAAAGUUCUCAUUGUUGUUUCCAUGUCAGCUGGUGCAUUUUUUGGUGUUGCACUUUCCUGUUCUAUAAGAAGCCUUCUACAUUUGAGAAAAGUGGGAUUGAGACCAAAAAUAAUUCCAAGCAUUAUUACAUCUAGGAAUGUCAAUGUCAUGAAUGUUCCAACGGUUAGUAGUCCACGUGGAGUGGCUGGCAGUUUGGGUUCCAUGACAGAGAUUAGGGACAAAAUUGGCUGCUUCAGAGACUUGCUUGAUUUCUCACCUUGCGCCGGCUCUGCUACUCUGCUCGAGCUGUUAGUGUUGACCCUUCAUGAUAUAUUCCAACGGUAUCCUAAGAUCAAACCGGCCUCAGAAUUUCAGGAAGCGGACAUUCAAAAGGCUCUGAAAGUCUUAUGUAAUACUCUGCAAUCACUCGGAGAUCUGUGGACAACGGAGAAGUGGAUGGUCCGAUGCAGAUAUGAUUCCUCAAUGAAAUUGCAACACUCUGAGUUAGAGCACAUUUCUUUGUUGAUGCUCGAAGACAUUAUUAAGCUAGCACGGAGGAGGCUGUGUGAUGAGAUGGAUGAUGACGAUGAAGAUGAUAAUAUGAGUGACAACAGGCCUGCAGGAAAUGCGUUUUCAAAGGUGUUUUCUGCCACUUAUUUUGAUAACAGAUCAUCGUAUUGUGGAUCUCCGAUGACUCCUACUUCGGUCCUUCAAGGAGCGUGGAACUCUCCAACUUGCUCGGAGAAGGGGGCGUCGUAUUCACCCCAUGAUCUCAUGUCGGCUAGAAGUGGGAAACUAAGCCCCAUGGACAUGAAGCGCCUCUCAUUCCAUAUGAUUCCUCAUGCAGUUACUAUUUCCCAAGAUCCUAAAAACAUGGUGCUAAUAAAUAAUUUGGAGAAGGAACAGAGAGAGCAUCAUGAUAUCAAUAAGGAUGAUGUGGUGGGAGGAAUGGAAAUGAUUGAUGUUGUUAUUCAUGAUUCUCAAAAUGAUGGUACAAAGAUUUCUUCUCUUGUGAGAAGACAUGGAAGAAACUUGAUUGGUGUUGGAAAUCAGACAACUCCACACAUGAUGGUGUGGCCUUGUUUGCAAACACUUCUUGAGUUGCCUAUUCCACCAUCAUCGCCGCCACCACUAAUUACACCUAGCAAAUUGACAGUCGCACCCCCUCCACCACCGCCACUCAGUAGUACACCAAUCAGGUUGCCAGUGCCACCCCCUCCACCUCCACUCGCGAUGACCGCAUCAAAGGGAAACGGACCAGCUAUUCCACCGCCUCCUCCUCCACCCGUGGGCGCAUCAAACAGGCAGCCACCACUGCCACCAUUGGCACCAACAUUAAACGGAUCAGCUCCACCACCCCCUCCCGGGCCUGCCUGCCUUAGUCCAAAGAAAUCAGCAAGCAAAUUGAAGAGGUCUGCACACAUGGGAAAUCUGUAUCGAACUCUCAAAGGCAAAGUAGAAGGAUUGGCUUCAUAUGGAAAAUCAGCAGGGCAAAAGGCUAAAGUCGGAGGAGGAACCUCCAAUGGAGGGAAACAAGGAAUGGCCGAUGCAUUAGCAGAGAUGACAAAAAGGUCAGCAUAUUUCAUGCAAAUUGAAGAAGAUGUCAAGAAUUAUGAGGCAGUGAUAAAGGAGUUGAAAACUUCCAUCGGGUCCUUCCAGCCAUCCGACAUGGCCGAGCUCAUCAAAUUCCACAAACACGUAGAAUCUCACCUCGAAAAACUAACAGAUGAACCUCAGGUGCUAGCAAGAUUUGAGGAUUUCCCAAGCAAGAAACUGGAAGCUAUAAGGAUGUCAGCAACUCUGCAUCUAAAGUUAGAUGCAAUCGUCACCACUCUGCUCAACUGGCAAAUAGUCGCACCUGCUGGCAAACUCCUCGACAAAGCUGAAGCUUACUUCAACAAGAUCAAGGUAGAACUCGAUGCACUAGAGCGGACUAAAGACGAAGAGCUGAAGAGAUUCCAAGCUCAGAAAAUCAAUUUUGAUUUCGGAAUCCUAGUACGCAUCAAAGAAAUGAUGGUUGAUGUUUCUUCUAGCUGCAUGGAGUUGGCUCUUAAGGAGAAGAAAGAAGCCAAUGCUAAAGAAAUGAAAGAACAAAAUAGUGGAGGGAAGAGUGUAUCAUCAAAGAUCCUAUGGAGGGCCUUCCAGUUUGCAUUCCGUGUCUACACAUUCGCCGGUGGACACGACGACCGCGCCGACAAGCUCACUAGGGAAGUGGCACAUGAAAUUGAGAGCCAUAACUAAUCAAAGACUACGCAGGACACCAUCCCAAUGUUCGUUUUGUCACAUAAAAAGCCAAUCCCCACUCCCCAAAAAACAAGCCCUAUAUAUAAAAUAUAGAUGCUUGAGACGCUAUUUAUUGAACUUGCUGGCAUUUCCAAGUGUAUAUGAUUCAGUAAA